CUCUGCACAAACUAACUCCAAUUUCUCCCAGACACAGCUUUUACUGCUGCAGAGCGUUUCAGUCAGUCCAACAAACGCAUCUCUCUCUCUCUCUUCUUUCUUUCUCUAGCAAGGGUUUUUCUCAUCUUCUGACGCUACCAAGGAAGGUUAUUAGGUUUCGUAAGUUUCCAAUCAAAGCCAACGACAGUCUCGCGCUAUUUAUUUCUCGUAGCUCAGCUUCCUUAUAUCGUCGCUACAGCUACUUGCCUACUUUCCACCUUAUUUUCCGACCUAGGGUUCUUCGCCUUUUUAAUUAGCUUUUCCAACCUUUUACUCUUCUCAAUCUCUCUCAUUUUUGUGAAUUUUCUUUUUUUUGGUCUUUGAAAUUGGAAUUUGAACGAUCCGAGUGAAAAAAGGCUAUUGGAAUGAUGAUUUGAGCAUUUCCGGAUGAGUUUGAGUGAAGUUUGAAGGUGUUCUCCUCUAAGGAAGACGAUUUACGAAGUGAUUUGCAUCUUGGAGGCGUUAUUGUUGCAGCAUUUCUGAAUAUCUUCGAGUGGAUUUUGAACUGAGUUUGGAGGUGUUCUUCUUAUGCGAUUUACGGAAUUGAGGUCAAAAAAUUGAUUGGAGUUCGAUCACAGCUUACAAAAUAGACAGAUUUUGGUUCCCUGUGAGUAAGAAUCAUGAAUACAGAGCUUUUGGAUAUUCAACCCCGUGAGCUUAAGUUCACAUUUGUGCCGAAGAGGCGAAUUUCGUGCACAGUCCAACUUGUCAAUGACUCUAAUCAGUAUGUUGCUUUCAAGGUUAAAACUACAUCUCCAAAGAAAUAUUGUGUGCAACCCAAUGUUGGCAUUGUCUUGCCAAGUUCAACUUGUAAUUUUACAGUUACAAUGCAAGCUCAACGGGAAGCUCCGCCUGAUCUGCAGUGUAAAGAUAAAUUCCUAAUCCAGAGCACAAUUGUUCCCUUUGGGACAACUGAGGAGGAUAUUACACCUAGCAUGUUCACCAAGGAUGGUUUCAAACACAUUGAAGAGAAUAAGUUGAAAGUGGUUCUUGUUAGCCCACUCCCCAAGGAUAGUUUCAAACAUUUUGAAGAGAAUAAGGUGAAAGUGGUUCCUGUUAGCCCACCCCAUUCACCAGUACUGCAAACAAUUAACGGAACCUUGAAACUGGAUCCUGCACAUGAAGCUUCAAUUCCAAGAGACCAAGUACUCAACGGAGUUGAAAACUAUCUACCGUCUCAUAUGGUAGCUAAUGCUGUGGAGGAGUUGAAACCUAGUAAAGAUGUUGAUAUGAAACCUGCUGAUAGUGUGGAGGAGUUGAAACCUUGUAAAGAUGUUGAUUUGAAACCAGCUGAUAGUGUGGAAGAGUUGAAACCUUGUAAAAAUGUUGAUUUGAAACCAGAUGAUAGUGUGGAGAAAUUAGCAAAGGAAAUUGAGGACUUGAAACUGGCAAAGGAAAUCGUGGAGCAAAAGCUUGCUAAGGUGACUGAGGAGUUGCAUUCAAAGCCCAAUGAAUGGAAAGUGAAGCUAUGUGAGGCUGAUAUUUCCAUGGCAAAGCUAACAGCGGAGAUGAAUGCAAUCAGUCAAGAAAGGGAAACAUUACGGCAAGAACUUGUUGUUUUGAGAAGGAAGAAUGGUGUGCGAAGAGCUACUGUCGUGGGUUUCCCCUUUCUGUUUGUCUGCAUGGUUGGACUUAUUGGUGUGGUGCUUGGAUACAUUCUACACUCUUAAAAGAGAGGACAGUACUUGUCCUGAAAGGUAACUGGAGAAAUACUUAGUCCUGUGCUAGUUAGAAAUUCAGGAAAAAUGGCCCUUCUCCACUUGUAAGGUUAAAAGUAGGGUGGAGUAAGGGUAUCUUAGUCUCUGUUUAUUAUGUUGAUUUUGCUACGGAUUUGUUGAUAACUAAUAUAGAUGUAAUUGUGUAUAUAAAGAGGUCCUUGCAUUGGAAAAAGAAACGUCUUGUAAAGUUUUCUGUUUUUGAUGAAUGAUAGUAAUAUGGUUGUCAACAA